AUGGGUUACUCCGAUUUGCGUCCCAAGAAACCAAAUCCCGAAUCUUUCUCCGUCUCCGGCAACAGCGUUCCUCAUGGCUGCGAGACCUCUUGUUUCUUAGCGAAGAAGAAGAACCGUGACGGUGGAGUUUUCCUCCAGAUUCCGGCGAGAACCGUCACAAUUCCCUCGGAGGCGACGGCGAGGAUUCAGAGGCAGCAGUCGGAGAAAGCUAAUAAGACCAACAACAAAGAUCGGACCAGAGGAAAUGGUUUCGGGAUGUUCGGGUCCGUUUUGAACCGUAAACAAAAACCAGACGUUUCGACCAUGUUGUUGAUGAUAUGUGUCACUCUCUGUCUCGCUGUUCGUGUGUCGAACUCAGCUCCACUUUUAAGUAUCAAUAGCCCCGACGGGGAUAUAAUAGACUGUGUAAAACGAGAAGACCAACCGUCAUUUCAGCAUCAGUUGCUGACAAAUCAUACGAUUCAGGAACCACCGACGUUACCAAACAUGGUACAAAAAGACCUCGUUUGGCAGGUGUGGCAUCGAAAUGGAACCAAAUGUCCCGACGGUUCUAUUCCGAUUCGCCGGUUAAUCGGCCGUCAGAACGGGACAACAGGCUCUAACGCCGCGAACAGAGUCUUACGUGAGCACGCAGUCGGUAAAAUGAACAACCCUCCAAAGAUAUACGGAACAGAAGCCACGAUGAAUGUGUGGCAUCCACAUGUUGAAGUAGAUGAAGAGUUUAGCCUCGGACAGAUUUGGCUGACUUCCGGGUCAUACAACAACAAUGAUGUCAACAGUUUAGAGGCUGGUUGGCAACUUUAUCCGUAUUUAUAUGGAGACUACCAUCCCCGGUUUUUCAUAUAUUGGACGACGGAUGCCUACUACCUGACCGGGGGUUAUAAUCUUCGUGCCCCCGGUUUCGUUCAAACCAGCAAAAGAGUUGCGAUUGAAGGGGCCAUCGAUCAAACGUCGAUUUUUGGAGGCAUACAAUUCGAAAUAACUAUCCGUAUGUGGAAGGAUCAAAGACUCAGAAGUUGGUGGCUUGCCGUAGUCUUUGGCGACAUAUUUGAGCCGGUCGGAUAUUGGCCGGCUUCCCUUUUUACCCUACAGAUUGAUUAUGCGAUAGAAGUGGAGUGGGGCGGUGAGAUCGUGAACACAAACCCGUUCGGUCGACACACCACGACUCAAAUGGGUUCGGGUUGCUUUCCCGACAGCGGUGUCGGGAAAGUUGCAUAUAUGAGAAAUUUGAAAGUCGCAUUGUCUGAAAACAACUUCCAGCCGCUCGACGACCUCAUGGUAAUAUUGACACACCCAGACUAUUACCGGGCCAAGAGAUUCAACAGUUCAACCGUUUAUUUUGGAGGACCACAACAAAUUACGUCUAUAGCGGUUGAUAUGACAGUUGAUCUUUUUAUUCUAUAUUUGGGUUUUAGCUUGUUCUUACUGAUUUAA